CCCGUGGACUCUGGUUCAAGAGACGGAAGACGGGAGUCUUCAAGUCUCUGGCCCUAUGGGUAAUAUGUUGGAGAUAUUUGCUGCUGCGCUGCACUUCGACUAUGAAGUCAAACGACCUCCAGAUGGCUUGUGGGGAGCGGUUACCGAGAACGGGAAUUGGUCAGGAAUGAUUGGAAUGCUGGAGAGACAGGAGGUUGAAUUUGCUAUGGGACCUUUCACCAUCACUCCCCAGAGGGAAACUGUAUGCAAUUUUGUCCUACCAGUUCACAACGAUAACAAGGCUAUCCUCACAGUGCGACCAGGGCUUACUAACGAUUUAUCAGGAUUUCUGAAGCCUUUCGCAGUUGAGGUCUGGCUCAUGAUUGUGUUGAGUGCCAUCAUGAUCGGGACUGCAAUGAUUUUCGUCGUAUUGAACGAAGCUGAAAUAUUUGAGCUCUCAAAGCAGAACGCUGUCUCUCGUUCAACUCAGUGGGUCUUCUCAACUUUUGCUCAAGAAAGUUCUGACUGGAUUCCAGAGAGGAAUGCAGGGCGCAUCGUUAUGGCGACUUGGCUUAUAGCUUCAUUCAUCUUCAUGUCAUCAUAUAGCGGAAUUCUGACUGCAAUGUUGACCCUUCCGAGGGUAACCAUUCCUAUAGAUUCCUUGGAAGAUCUGGUUGCACAGUCCAAGAUUCCCUGGAGGCUUGAGAAAGGAUCAAUGGCCACUCAGUACUUGAUGGAGUCAAAAGAUCCGGUUCGGCAGGAGGUCGUUGCCAGGAGUUCAGGGUUUUUCUACGAUUGCUGGAAAUCCAAGGAAGAUAUUUCUACCGGAAAGUUCGCUGGAAUCUGUGAUGAAACGACGAUGAAGAAGGCCAUGUCUUGGGAUUUCAGCUCAACAGGAAAAUGCCACCUCUAUAUGACCAGAGAAAAGGUGUUAUCGGGAGCCAUGAUGGGCAUUGCAUUCAGGAUAAAUUCGACCUAUUUCGAUGCAGCAAAUGACGUAGUUCACAGAGUGAAGCAAGGGGGACUCGUAGUCAAGUGGCUCAAUGACCAGAUCACCAACACGACGGAAUGCCUGAAGCCGCCAAGUUCCGACAGGAGGGAGGGUAUCAGGGCACUUAGCAUUAGUGUCUUCGGCGGUCCUUUGAUUUUUGUUGGCGGAGGUUUAGGGUUGGGGUGCAUUUUAUUCCUUUGCGAAAACCUGUACUUCAGAAUCAAUAAGAAGUGUUGCGGUAAUUAG